UGGGCGAGCUCGCUAUGGGGAGUCUGGCAUGUAAUCGCGGCUGCGAGAGCGAAGUGAGGUACAGGCAGAAAAAGUUUUCUGGAGUUUUUAGGCGUAGGCUACUUUAGCGAGCGUCAAAAAUGUCGGCUGCGAAGCAGCUACUACUCGACGCUGCGAAGUUGCCCAUCGUUUUUCUGCUGUUUUCCGGACUGGAAUUUACUCUUGGAGUGGGCGAAAGGGCCUGCCCGUCUCCGUGUCGGUGUGUUGGGGACCAAGUGGACUGUAGCCGGCUGAAAUUGGGGAAGAUCCCAGACAAUCUCCCUCCGUGGACCGUACAGCUGGAUCUGAGCCAUAACAGGCUGCAGUCGCUCCACGGCUCUCUGUUCACCGGACUGCGUCUGCUCAGCGAAAUAAAACUCAACAACAACGAGCUGCGCUCUGUGCCGGAGUUGGGGCCGUGCUCUACCAACGUCACUCUCCUUAGUUUGGCGAAUAACAGGAUCCCGACGAUCUCGCAGGAGCAGCUGUUGGCCUUCCACUCUCUGGAGACGCUGGACCUCAGCAACAACAACAUCGGAGAGCUGAAGGCCUCCUCCUUCCCUGUGCUCCCUUUGAGAAACCUGUUCCUGAGCAGUAACCGGAUCUCGGCGCUGGAGUCGGGCUGCUUCCAGAACCUGUCCGGCACGCUGGAGGUGCUGAGGCUGAGCCGGAACCGGCUCUCCUCCGUCCCGCCCAAGAUCUUCCAGCUGCCCAACCUCCUGCACCUGGAGCUGAACAGGAACCGCGUGAGGAGGAUCGACGGCCUGACCUUCCACGGGCUGCACUCCCUGCGCUCCCUGAAGAUGCAGAGGAACGGGCUCAGCCGACUCAUGGAUGGAGCCUUCUGGGGCCUCAGCAACAUGGAGCUCCUGCAGCUGGAGUACAACAACCUGACGGAGGUGAGCAAGGGCUGGCUCUACGGCCUGCUGACCCUGCAGUGGCUCCACCUGGGACACAACGCCAUCAGCCGCAUCCGCCCCGACGCCUGGGAGUUCUGCCCCAAGCUCGCCGAGCUGGACCUGGGCUCUAACCAGCUGGUGCGGCUGGAGGAGUCCAGCUUCGUGGGCCUCAGCCUGCUUCACCAGCUGCACAUCGGCAACAACCGGAUCAGCUUCAUCGCCGACGGAGCCUUCCGGGGCCUUGCCCACCUGCACACCCUGGAUUUAAAAAAUAAUGAAAUCUCCUGGACCGUUGAAGAUAUGAACGGGCCGUUUUCUGCACUCGACGAACUGAGGAAGCUGUUCCUUCAGGGCAAUCGGAUCCGUUCGGUCACCAAGAAGUCUUUUUCUGGCCUGGAGACACUCGAGCACCUAGAUCUGAACAACAAUGCUAUCAUGUCAAUCCAAGCGAAUGCCUUUUCUCAAAUUAAACAGCUCCAGGAACUGCGCUUGAACACGUCCAGCCUGCUGUGCGACUGCCAGCUGAAGUGGUUGCCUCCGUGGGUGGCGGAGCGCGGAUUCUCCCCCUUCAUCAACGCCAGCUGCGCCCAUCCGCUGACGCUGAAGGGGAGGAGCCUGUUCGCCGUGAGCCAGGAGGACUUUGUGUGCGACGACUUCCCGAAGCCGCGGAUCACGGUGCAGCCGGAGACGCAGGCGGCGCUGCGGGGCUCCAACGUGACGCUGGUCUGCUCGGCGGCCAGCUCCAGCGACUCGCCCAUGACGUUCGCCUGGAAGAAGGACAACGAGGCGCUGGGCGCCGGCGCGGGCGAGGUGCUGAACCAGGCGCACAUGCGCGCCCUGCCCGGCCACGUCACCGAGUACACCACCACCCUGCGGCUGCCGCACGUCGACUUCGCCAGCGAGGGCCGCUACCAGUGCGUCAUCUCAAACCACUUCGGCUCGUCCUACUCCGCCAAGGCCAAGCUCACCGUCAACAUGCUCCCGUCCUUCACCAAGAUGCCGAUGGACCUGACGGUGCGGGCGGGGGCCACGGCGCGGCUGGAUUGCGCGGCGGGGGGCCACCCGUCCCCGCAGAUCGCCUGGCAGAAGGACGGCGGCACGGACUUCCCCGCCGCGCGGGAGCGCCGCAUGCACGUGAUGCCGGAGGACGACGUGUUCUUCAUCGUGGACGUGCAGACGGAGGACGUGGGCGUCUACAGCUGCACGGCCCAGAACGGCGCCGGGGCCAUCUCCGCCAACGCCACGCUCACCGUGCUGGAAACCCCCUCGUUCCUGCGGCCGCUGACGGACCGCACGGUGGCGCGAGGCGAGACGGCGGUGCUGCAGUGCAUCGCGGGCGGGAGCCCGGCGCCCCGGCUCAACUGGACCAAGGACGACAGCCCGCUGGCCGCCACCGAGCGCCACUUCUUCGCCGCCGCCAACCAGCUGCUGAUCAUCGUGGAGGCGUCCGAGGGCGACGCGGGCCGCUACACCUGCGAGAUGUCCAACCCGCUGGGCACGGCGCGCGGAGACGUGCGCCUGGCCGUGCUGCCGGGCCCCAACUGCGAGCCGGGCCAGGCCGGGGGCCCCGCGCCGGGGGCCGGGGCCGGGGCGGGGCCGGAGGGCGACGGUUGGACCACGGUGGGCAUCGUGGUGAUCGCCGUGGUGUGCUGCGUGGUGGGCACCUCGCUGGUGUGGGUGGUCAUCAUCUACCACACGCGGCGCCGCAACGAGGACUGCAGCGUCACCAACACGGACGAGACGAACCUGCCCCCGGACAUCCCCAGCUACCUGUCGUCUCAGGGCACGCUGGCCGACCGCCAGGACGCCUACGUCCCCUCAGAGAGCGGCAGCGGCAGCCACCAGUUCAUGUCCUCGUCCCUCAGCGGAUUCUACCUGCAGCAGAAGGACCUGGGAGGGCUGUGUCAGCUGGACACCGGCAGUGAAGCCGACAUGGAGGCCGCCAUCGACCCGCUCCUCUGCCAUUACCAAGGGCCCAUCGGGUCCCUGCUGAGGAGAGGCAACCUCUACGCCCCGGAACCUUCUGAGGGCUUUCCCGACCUGCGGGGCCCGUUCCCCCCCGCCUCCCACGGCAGCUCCAGGAGGAGGGAGCUCUGCGGGGCGGCAGGUCAGGACGCUCUCCACCCGCCGGCCCCCGUCGCCUGCUCCGGCCCCCAGGGGCCGCUGCACCUCCCGGGCCAGGACCGCGAGCGCCUCCCCUCCAGCGCCUGCAUGGGGACUUUUGGGAAGAUCCCGUGGAGGCCGGCCCAGGAGCUGUGCGACCCGGUCCGGCUGCACCAGAACCCCUACGCGGCAGCGGACGCCGACUCGGACCGCGACUCCGUCCCUCAGGACCCGGGCAGCGACCCCGGCACGGGCGUCUACGAGCUGCCCGACUGCAGCCUCGGGGCGUCCGGCCGCCCGCCCGGUCGGAGGAGCACGUAGCCGGACGCGUGCCGCGGGCAAAAUGGACGCCGCUUCGCGUCCUCGUUUAAAGUGACUAAAAAAGGAGAGAACUACCUCGGUUCCGGACGCUAUUUUUUUCGUGGGAAGAUUUGAAUGUAACUGAAUCGCGUCGACGGAAAUGCGGACAGCCGGGGCUUGGAAGCCCGACCGUUCUGCGGAACAGGAAUGCGGGGGAAAUGACUUGAGUGCAAGAAGUUGACAAAUCCGUACGUUUUUUUAUUUUAUUUUAUAUACAAAGUAUAUUAUAUUUUGUAAAUGAAGUGUAAAUAGAAUCCAUUAUUUUUGCUUACGGUUUCCUUAAAAGACAUUUUACCUUGUGUUGAAAAUAGCUUUUUCAACACAAGGUUUCUAUCCCGUUCCUCAGUCAUAAGCUUUUGAUACAAGUUAAGCACCCUUUGCACAUAUACGCAAUAACAGGCCUUUCCGUGUGCAAUAAAAAGGCCAUUUCUGAACAUGCCAUGACUUUUGUUUUCUGGCUGCUCACUGUACCCGUAUGCAAACUUUUUAGCCCCAUGAAAGGACCAUGUCUGUCUGUCGCGAGGUCCCACUUCCCUGCCCGAAAACGGUAUUGGAAUGCUGACUUCCCCCCUCCGAUGGGGUCCUGCUCUCUCUCCUUUACCGGGGUCCCACCACAGGAACGGGGGGAGGGGGGGGGUCGGUCAUUGGCAGUUUUAGCGCUGUUUAUUUACACAGGCCCUGACAGAGGCUGCACUGUAAACCCCCACCCCUCCCAGGACCAGAGGCGUUCGUCAAACAAGCACCCGGCUCUUUUGGCCUCACUGCGCCCUCCUGCCUCUGCAGCUGAUGAAAGCUUGAAGAAAAAGAGGAGCCAUUUUGUUUCAUGUGUUGUGUUCGUUUGGUGUAGCUAAGGGAGAGAUCUGGGCUUGAGUCAGCCCCUUUUACUGGGAUGCUGGAUUGGUGAUUUUUCCUGCCUGCGGAGGAGCUCCUGCCUGCGGAGGAUGCGUCAUUAGCACAUGACUGUGCUGCCGGCCAAUCAGGAUUGGACGGUUUACAGGAAGCUCCACGGCUUCACACUCUUGGCUCUGCAGGCCUCUCGAGGCCCUUUCUCCAGGUUCCGGGUGCUCUCCAACAACUGAACCGAGACCCGCUUACCUACAGCCUGUGCGUGCCUCGACCGCUUUACAUCAGAGUUCAGUCCCGAUUGUGCCACGCCGCCCCGGAAACUUCCAGAUGAAGGACAAUGCGAGGAGUCGUUAAGUCUAAGCAGGGGCCAGGCUGGAGCUUUCCCAACCCCGUCCAGCUGCUGAACACAUUUCUUUCUUUGUUUUAUUCUUUUGAACAAAUCGGCCUCGUUUUUCUGUUGCUGCAGUAUGUGCGUUGAUAAAAUAAAAAGGGGUGUUUCCUCA